AUGGGCGGUCCCGGGUUCGGACAUUCAUCCCAGAACAUACAUUCGCAGCAAAGCCUUGACUGGAGAGCAUCCUCAUCACGAAGCAGUGGCGGUCUCGGCGGCUAUGGCUUCUCCCAAUCCGAGAGCACUCAUAGCAAUGCUACGACUAGCAAAAUAAAUAGCUUUUUCGGCGGCAGAAGUCGCGACCUGCCAAUCUACAAGGACAAGCCGUACUUCAAGCCACGUCGCACCGGGCCCGACAAGACGAGAAAGCGGAUCAUAUAUGGCAUGUUUGCGCUGUUCGCGCUUACCAUAUUGUAUGUCUUCUGGGGAGGCAGUGGGCCAUCCAAUAUUAAUGUCGCUGGAAAUACUGGAGAGGAGCUGUGGAAAUGGGUUCAGAGCCUUGAUAAAGAGGCCAGCAUAUCGACAAAGGUCAAUUGGGACGAAAGGAGAGAGCGAGUGAAGGAUGUGUUCAUGGUGAGCUGGGACUCGUAUGAAAGCCAUGGUUGGGGCUAUGAUGAAUUUAAGCCCGUUUCCAAAACGGGAAGGAAUAUGGUAGAAGGUGGCAUGGGGUGGACCAUUGUUGAUGCUGUUGAUACUCUGAUACUUAUGAAUCUCACAUCCCGGGUCCAGCAUGCCCGUCAGUGGAUACACAAUUCAUUGCGAUACGAUCAGGAUCACGACGUGAAUACCUUUGAGACUACGAUACGCAUGCUUGGUGGUCUUUUAUCCGCCCAUUAUCUUUCCACUAAUUAUCCCGACUUGGCUCCGAUUGCGGAUGAUGAUGCUGAGGCUCCGGGUGAAGACCUUUACAUUGAGAAAGCAACAGACCUCGCAGAACGACUGAUGGGUGCAUUUGACUCGCCUUCUGGAGUGCCUUAUGCAAGUAUCAACCUUCAUACAUCUACUGGGAUCCCAUCACACGCAGAUGGUGGCGCAUCCUCGACUGCAGAGGCAACAACGGUCCAGCUAGAAUUCAAGUACCUCGCUAAGCUGACCGGGGAAGCAGAAUUUUGGCAUACGGUGGAGCAUGUAAUGAAAGUCGUGGAUGAUCGACAAAAGGAGGAUGGUUUAUUGCCAAUUUUCCUUUAUGCAGAUAGUGGUGAAUUUCGUGGAGACAAUAUUCGACUAGGUAGCCGAGGUGACUCGUAUUAUGAAUACCUUAUCAAGCAAUACUUGCAAACAUCUAAAGGGGAGCCGAUAUAUAAGGAGAUGUGGGACGAAACCCUUGAAGGCAUCAGCAAACACCUAAUCACUUACACCGAACACGGACAAAUGACUCUUAUUGCGGAGAGGCCAGAUGGUCUCCAUAAACCCCUUCUUCCGAAAAUGGACCAUCUUGUGUGCUUCAUGCCUGGCACCAUUGCUCUUGGAGCAACUGAGGGUCUGCCUCUUUCAGUCGCUAAGGAAUUACCAACCUGGUCCCGAAGACAUGACGAGGAAAUAUUGCUCUCGAAAGAACUAGCAAAGACCUGCUGGGCUACAUACUUGGCUACAGCCACGGGUCUGGCGCCCGAAAUUACCUAUUUCCAUGUUUCCAAUCCGCCCAAAAUGUUCUCAGACGUAUACCCAGACUCUACUCUCCUAGGCGGCAGCGGAAGUACGACGGCGAAGGGUUACAAACAACGUGACCUUGAUCUUAUCUCCGUGCCUCUUGCAGAAAAGUCUAAGUGGAUAUCCGAUAUCGACAUUCACCCUCAAGACACCCAUAACCUCCAACGACCAGAGACUAUCGAGUCUCUAUUCUACAUGUACCGCAUCACCGAAGACGAACAAUACCGUGAAUGGGGUUGGGAGAUGUUCAAGUCAUUCGUCAAGCAUACCGCCGUGGUUGAAAAGACCGGACACGACGACGAUGAUAACAGUGGGUCCUCUCGAAUCAUCGGAUUUACAUCGCUCUCCAACGGCAAUUCCGACCCGCCUGUAAAGCGUGACAAUAUGGAAAGUUUCUGGAUGGCAGAGACGUUGAAGUACUUCUAUCUCUUGUUUUCUGACCGCGACUUUAUUCCAUUGGAAGAUGUCGUUUUUAAUACGGAAGCUCAUAUCUUUCCUCGAUUCAAAAUGGCAGGGGAUUUGAAAACCGGGUGGUCGAGAAAACCACGCUCAUAG